AGACUAUAUUAUACUUGUGUGUGAAACACUGUCCGUAAACGUAUUAUCUUUUUAAAAAAAUAAUUCUUCUGCGGAAAAAACAAAAUCAUGAGUCGAAAUUUGUAUAUUGUCAUUAGUCAUUAGUAGUCAUUAGUAAAAAUAAGUAAAAAUGUCUAUAUUGGCUAUUUAUUUCUUAUUACUGGGUUCAGUGGUUGCUGAACGAGAUACGACUCCUGUUUUUAUAUUGGAUUACGACAAAACACUUAAGCACGUAGAUGUAAAUGGCAAUCCUUUUGAUAAAAUGAAAUCUUCGGAUUUCUCGAAAAUAGUCGACGACGCGAUAAAACUGAGCCACAUUGUAAUCAUAUUUGUCGAAGACUCGUUUUGCUCUGAAGAUAUUAGUAUAAAAGAUAAACAUGGCUCUCCCUACUAUCACUUGAGUGUAGGUUUAAAGGAAAAGCAAGUGAAAUAUUUGCCAGCAGUAUCCCAGCCGUAUAAUACUUUGAAAAGGAAAUUGCCUCCUAAGGAUGUCAACAUAUUUUAUUUGUCCGAUGGAAACGCGCAGUUAAAUUUAUACGACCACAAAUUAGACUACUACUAUAUCUAUUUCAAAGAUAACAAAAACGAUAGCAGAGCGAGUAAGUUGAGGGGUCACGAUUUGUCUAUGAAGGAAGUGCUUUUAGUGAUGCACCAGAUAGCUAAGAAACCGACAAUAGGGUUUUAUACCGGAAAAUUUAAUCCAGUAAUGGUUGAAAAGAUUAAUUUUAAAUCUGUCAAGACUUAUCCAGUCCAUAGACAUCCCGGCGUUACAAUUUCAAGUUCUGGGGCGCUUUUUAGAUUUGUCGGUGUCUACUCCACGAUUGGCAACCGUCGCUCCAUGUUCAGUCAGAUACCGCUGGUGACCGAGGAGUCGUGGCAGAAGCAUCAGCUCGUCACUAGAAUGGCGUACACCGAUUUCGAAUUGGAAUUUACAUUUGAUUUCCAAACAGAUCGUUGGAUAGUUGAGAGCGUGGCGCUUUUGGAAGGUGGGGAGGAGGUCGGUCGCACGCCUUUACGCGCGGGCGCUCCUUGGUCGUGGUCUUACACUUGCAGUGAACCGCUGGUUCUGGUCAACUUGAGAGACGGCAGCGCCCUCACCAUAUCACAUUACCAGAUCCAACCCUUCAAGAAUAAUUACUUAAAGAAAGAUGAUGAGGGAGGUGUUGGUGGAGAUGAUAAUUUAGAUGACGAUCCGCUAAGCGACCCUCCUGGUGGUGGUGGUGGUGGGGGCGGUGGCAGUUCCAGCAACAGUACAAAAUUCGGCAAGUCUAUAAACUGCGGGCCGUACUUCAACGCUCCCAUCCUCGCUGGGCUUAUGGUGACGGCGUUCUGUAUCAGCAUCUUGACGUACGGCGUCGUGUCUAUGUACAACCUUCGCGCGAACGACAGAUACGAUGACCAACACGGCAAGCCGCUGGUGAUAGCCGCUGAGGCCGGACACUAAAUAAAUAUAUACAUAUAAAAAAAUUAAGUCAUUUUUUUUCUUUGAGUACUGUUCAGAAGCUAACAUAGGUAGCAUGAUGC